AUGAGAUUGAUGAAUUAUGGAGCAACUUUUAAAAAUAAAGUUGUAAGUGUGGCUAGGGUAGUGUGUGGUGUGAGUAAAAGGAACAAAGGAGGAAAGGUGAAGAAUGUGUGGUUCGAUAAGGAAGUGCAAGAGGCGGUAUGUGAGAAGAAGAAGCUAUGGCGGGAUUGGUUAGCAGCACGAGCUAAUCAAAGAGCCCAUAAAGCCUCUUUUGAUGAGGUGAAUGUAGCGAAGGAUAACUAUAGAAGUAUGAAAGUGCGUGUGAAAGAAUUAGUUAAAAGAAAGAAAGAUGAACUUAAUGAUCAAAUGGAUGAAAGAUUGUCGCAAGAUUUUCAGACGAACAUAAAGUUCUUCUGGAAAUCCGUUCGCCUAGCCAGAGGUAAGAGUUCAGACUCUGAGCUAAAAUCGGUGAAAGAUUCGAAUGGAAGUUUGCUGAAUGGGGAAGAAUGUAUUCUAAAGAGAUGGCAGGAGUAUUUUGAAAGCCUGUUUGAAAGGGAGGAAGCAAAUAUGCUAACCUCAGGUUUGAAUGGAAACUUAUCAAUGGAUGAAAUUAGCAUGGAUGAGAUUGUGAAAGCAUUGAAAGGUAUGAAAUCAGGUAAGGCUGCAGGAUAUGACAAGGUCUCCGCCGAGAUGCUGAAGGCUGGACAGGGCAUUGUAGCGAGUCAGUUGUAUCGCCUUUUCAAUUUGUGCUUCAGUACCGGCCGGGUACCUAAGGACUGGUGCAAGGCCGUCAUCGUUCCUCUUUACAAGGGAAAAGGCUCACGACUGGACUGCAAAAACUACAGGGGCAUUAGCUUACUCAGCAUCAUCGGAAAACUGUAUGCGAAAGUGUUGAUUGAGAGAGUAGUGAGAGUAACCGACGAGAAAGUGUGGGAUGCACAGUUUGUCCAGCAAUUCCUCGGUAAGAUCUACAAACGCAACGUCACCAUAGUCAAUAAGAGGAAGCAAAAGAGAACGAGCAAGAGUAACCUUAGUAUGAAAAGGAAGGAAAUUCUGCAGUCGCCGUAG